AUGAGAUACUCUUAUUCUUACAUUAACUCUAAUCAUGGAGAAAGAAUAAAACUUGUACUGAGUCUUGGCCAUACUGCCCCUUCAUUUGAUAUUGAUAUACGGAUUGAGAAUUUGAGACAAUCUGUGGAACGAUUGAAUAAACUGAUCUUCAGCAUUGAGGGUGAUAAAAAGCUUGAUGAUAUCAGAACAAAGACUAGGACGAUGAAUUCGAAAUUGAAGAAAGAUCGUUGUAAUCCCCAGAGACAGAAGAAUAAUACAAAAGAAAAUGGCGAUCCCCAGAGACAGAAGAAUAAUGCAAAAGAAAAUGGCCCUUCAUUGAAACAGGAAAAAAGUCUGAGAAGGAUGGGUGAUAAUAAGCCAACUAAACAGGAAAUCAAUCCGUUUUUCAAGAUUCCAGGAUACUUGGAAAUGCACGAGGGAAAUAAAAUGAACAUUGAAGUCGUUAACAUGAAAUUGAAAGAAGAAGGGUAUAUCACCACCGAAUGCAUUGUGGAACACAUGGUGACUGAGACAAUUGGCGAUAAUCCAAACAACCCAUUGUUAUUACCAGAAAUUCUUGGCAAUCCUCUCGACAGUCCUUCGAUCAUUGGGGAUGUUGAUCAAUUGGUUUAUUCUGAUACAAAGGACCCCAUCAGGGUGGUUCGUUGGUUGACGAAAUUGCGAGCCAUUUGCAGAAGUUAUCGGUUUGGGAACUUGUUAUUGAGGUCAAACAUGACUGAUGUUGAAAGAUUGAUCAAGGAUACCAAAACGUUGUGCGCUUUUACACUGUUCCAACGGAAAAUCAUCGAUGCUACAGGAAGUUUAUCGGUAUUCAAGUUCUCAAGUUCCAUUAAUGAAUUGAUCACCACGGUGAUGCAAGGAUCAUGUUUACGCGAAGGUCAUGGGGGUGGUUUUAUGGUGGACACAAUUUUGAAUUACAAAGUCACUUCCCGAAUGAGCUGGGAAAAUAGACGUCUUAAAUUAGAGGAGCUAGGGCAAUUAAUGGAAGUAUUGAGAUGGGGGGAGGUGAAAAUAAAGUUUGGGCUAUUACGCACGUUAUUGGCCAAGGAGAAGGUGGGUGGUGAGAUUUUUUCGUUAACGAUUCUGGCCGAGAAGAUCGAUCCUAAUACAGCAAAGUACAUUGACUACCCAAGCUUCACCAGGACUUACAGUCGAUUAUGGGAUGAAAGGGAUGAAAGGGAUGAAGAAGAAUGA